AUGAAAGCGGGAGCGAGCAGAGGGGGCGGGUUCGGGCACCUGUUCACUACGCAGGCGGCGUCCUACGCCCACUUUAGGCCGGACUACCCCGCGAGCCUCUACCAGCGCAUCUGGUCUUUUGCCGGCGAAGGGCGUGGCACCGGGCUGGCGGUCGACGUGGGCUGCGGCACGGGGCAGGCCACCAAAGUGCUCGCCACCCACUUUGACCGCGUCGUCGCCUUCGAUCCGAGCCCCAAGCAGGUCGAGGCCGCGACCAAGAUCGGCACGUCACGUCCCGCGGCACUCGCCGACCAACCAACCAACCAUCGGCUCAACCGUGAUGUUCAUAACGUGGAGUACAGGGUGGGGUUGGCCGAGGCGCUGGAGGGCAUCGAAGACGAGAGCGUGGACCUGCUGACUACCGCCCAGGCCGCCCACUGGUUCCAGCUGGAGCCCUUCUACCGCGAGCUCGACCGCGUGCUCAAGCCGAAGGGAUGUGUGGCCAUUUGGGGCUACGGCCUUUGCCGCCUGCCCACGCCCGAAGCCGACAAGCUCCUGUCCAGGUAUCACACGGAGACGCUGGGACCCUAUUGGGAGAAGAAAAGGGCGCUCGUCGACGCCCUCUACGAACACAUUCAGCUGCCCUUCGCCCGCACUCACCGGGAAGUGAUCGAGAACAAGAAGGAGGUGCCGUUCAAGCACUUCGUCGGUUAUCUGGGCACCUGGUCCUCGCUCAAAACCUUCCGCGAGAAGCACCCCGAGGGGUCCGACCCCGUCCAAGACCUCUGCCCGCAGCUGUUUGAAGCGCUGCAGCUGCGCAGCGAAGAGGACGUCAUUCAUGUCACGUUCCCCACCGUGCUCAUCCUCGGGCAAAAGUGA